CUAUGUGUCUUCAUCAUUCAAUCCACAGACAUACCUUGCAGCAGUUACCUGCAACACUCUACGCUUCUCCCAUUCUCACAUCACGAGUUAACCACAAGAAAACUACAUCACCUGAAACCUUGGGCAAAACAUGGCACCGAACACCACUCUACUUCUAUGCCUGAGCCUUGGCCUCAUCUCCCUGGUCCAAGGCUACCCUUAUGAUCUCGAUGAAGUUGAAGGGGUCGCCGAUCUCAUGGGCGACGACGAGCUCGAAGGACUAGAUGAGAUGCCGAUGAUGGCGGCCGGUGCGACCGGGGAAGGAGAGGGGGACGGUGAAGGACUCAGCGCCCAGGACCAACUCUUAGCAUUCUACGAACGAGACAGGAGAGGGGCGAGAUGGAAUAAGAAUUUUGUCGGCAUCAGCUCUUUAGAUCGCUCAAUCACAGCCUACACAUCAUUCCUGCCAUGUAGAGUCGAAGGCAUUUGCAAGCAAAAGUUCAAAAAGACAUUCCGCUGCAAGUGCAACCAACAUACUUACUGCGUUGGACCCGGAAGGAAGUACGAGGCACGAUGCAGAUACAGCGCUGUGGGACAUGUCUUCUACCAGCCGUAAGAUGGCAGUAUAUAAGAAUCGAAGGUUUCGCCACAAUGGGAGGAGAUACAAAGCAUCAUCCAGGGGACUAAAGCUCGCAGAAAAUAACAAGCAUAGACAGACCUACAGCAACCCGACCAACGGCGAACCGAUUAUCAUCAAACCAACCAACAAUCCGAUUACCAACAAACCGACCAACAGCAAUCCGAUUACCAACAAACCGACCAAUGGCGAACCGAUCAACAACAACCCGACCAACAGCAAUCCGAUUAACAACAAACCGACCAACGGCAAACCAAUCAACAGUAAAGCAACCAACAACAAGCAACAAACCGAUCGAAAGCAAAGAGACCAACCGAAAACCAACCAACAGCAAACCGACCAAAAAUAAAACCGGUCAAUAGCAAACCGUGAAGCAGAAAAAAAAAUCAACGGGAAGCAGAUCAAACUAGAUUAGAAUAAACAACGAGCCGAAAUAGAAAGAACGCGAAAUCAAACUCAUGACCACUUAAACCUUACCUAAAACAAUUCAUUUGGAUUUUCUAUAUAACACCGAUUCUGAUCAAGGACAUAACUGGUAUUUACUUAAUAUUAAAAAAUGUGAUUUAAGAGUAGCAAAAUAUUAGUGUGAUGUUAUAGAUAAUAAGAGGCGUACUACUUUAAAGAGAGAGGAGGGUAUAAGUUGAAGGGAGAGGCUCUGAGUAAUGCCGAUCGUUGUUUCACACUAGUUCUUCAAAUAAAAAAUGUGUUUUCUUGAUUCUAGGAUUUUAGUUUGUGUCUCUUUACAAGACAUAGACAAGUCGAUAAGUAUUUCUUAUAUUAUAAUAUAGCUGGUUUAUCAAACAAAAGCCAAUAUAGUCUCCAAUUCAUUAAUGUGUGUACAUAACUUCCGUAUGAAAUUGAGAAAUUAUUAGCUAAUGGGUCAGAAUAUUUUGUUUUUCAGUACAGAAAAGGGGGCCUGUUUUAAUGUGGGGCACUUUAUAUUAAGAUCCUAUUCAUUACCUUAAUAUCUCUUGAAGAAAAGGCACUGUGCCAUUACCAUUCUCUUUUUGAACUCAAAUAAAAGACUGCCCCAAAUUUGUAAGAAUUUCAAUAUAAUCAUGAUCAUUCUGCUGCUAAUUUAUUUUAACCCCCCUCCUUACUCAUUUUCGCCUUUAUUUUUUUCUUCUAUAUGAAUUUCCUUGCUAACCAACUACAGAAAUCUGACCUUCAUUGGCCUUAAUCUUGUUCUAAGCAUGUUUGAAAAAUAAAACAACCAAAAAAAUAUCAAAGUUAUCAAAUUAAAUGCAAAAAAAGGAAGAGGCAGUUAAUGGUAAGUCAAUGAAAAUGGGAGGCAUUAUAGCUGUUGGGUAGAGGUGAAAUGAACGGAGCAUGUAUUUUAUACAAUUUUAAACCAUUCGUUUUAACGAAUCUUUUGUAGAUAGUGGGGCAAAACAUGUGAGUUUAUGUUCUAGAGGCAAUGUUUUAUGUUUUGUGUUAGUGUAAACGUCAUAUAACAAUGCGUAGAAAAUUAGGAAUUCGUGCGAAACAAUAUAUCAUAGUCUAGAGAUAGGUAGUGUAAAAAAUAAUUUACAAAAACGUGUGGUAUUGAAUAUUUAAAAUCAACUGAAUACCGCGUGUUUAAGUUAUAUUAUCGAAUAAACAUGAUAAAGGUACAAUUUGAGAUGCUUAUCAUAUUUGCGGCAAAUUUUGUUUGCAAGCGCAUAGAUGUUAUUUUUGUACAUAUUUUAUUUUUAGCCGUCCUUAUUCAUUUUUUGAGCUACAAUAUUUAAUACACAUAUCGUAUAAUCCUGUGCAUGUUCGAUAUUUUCAUUUGUUUAAAUAGAAUGAUAGGUCUAUCGAUAGUUUAUGUACAAAAUAUAAAUGAUUGUAUCGUCUCAUGAGCAAAGUAGUUUAUUUAAUCACCUAUAUUGACCUCAGAAACGUUAUUUUGACUGAUGCAUAUUAAUUUGAAGGAGAAAGUAUGAACAUGUGUAUAGGUCUUAAUUGAGUUUGUACAGUGUUUGUGAUUAGAACGUUUAAAGCAUUGACCGUGAACGCUUGAAAGUUGUAUAACUCUGAAACAGAUAUAACGCGCACACAAACAUUUCAUCAGAACAUUUAUCGUCGAUUUUACACAACCAUACACUCAAUUUAAGCUGUCUGAUUAAAGGUUAUUCGUCAAA